CUCUUUAGGCCUAAGCCAGUAGCCUAGAGUAGUCUUUUAUUUAGCCAUUUUGCCAAAAUUACCAUACAGUAUGUCAUUCUUAGUGUUGCCGUUUUGGUUUAUUGCCGUUUUGACUUAUUGCCGUUUUGGUCUUGCCGUUUUGACUUUAUUGCCGUUUAGUUUUUUUGCAGUUUUGACCUGUUCCCGACAGAGGUUAGCGAGCGCUGGCUGGCUGGCUGGCUUAGCCAGUCAAAACCCAGCAGUGCGUGCUUAAAAUCACACGGCGUGAAGCGCUGAAACUGCUUGAAGUCGAACUGAAGUAAGUUCUUCCUGUUUAAGACUGAGCCUGCUAAAAUCACAACGUGUCAAAGGUUUUUACAGACAUUUAAAAAAAAACCAAACAAGCCACAUGGCUACUAUGUCAUAAGUAUUGCUUUCGAAGUUUCUAUCUUGUAACCGGUUUUUAGAGCAGGAGAAUGGCAAGCAAGAAAAUAUUUUUCGCUUUAUUUUUCGUCACUUUUGUACUGAUUAUAUGUUAUGUAUACUUGGACAGUAAAACUACUGGGACAAUCUUUCGAGGACAUACAGAAGCAAGGGGAGUAGUAGCCUUAGGAAAACGAAUUUUUGGUUCUGGAAAUGAACCGAAUAAUAAUAAUAUUGACAGUUCUAGUUUAGUUUCAAGAAAACCAAAGGUAGAUUGGAAAGAAUACUGGCGACAUUUAGACGAACGGAAAAUCAUGGGAUUUCAAGAAAAAAAUAACAUUUUUGAAAAAGAUGAAGAAGUUGCUACUCAAGAUGUCACUGUUAACAAUCCUGUGAAAAAUAAUGCUUUAAAAGUGAAAGAAGAGUUAGUGCAACAGAACAAAAAGGCCACCUUAACCGGAAUAACAUUUCCAGAUGGGAAUAAGCCAACUGAAAAGAAAGCGCUCAGCAAAAAGAAAUGGUUGUAUGAUUGGAAUGAAACUAAGGACAUGGUUGAUUCUCUGCCAUUAUAUGGAAACUGGCAGAAUGAACUGGGUCAACGGAUAAUUUUCAACCGUGUUGGUAAAUGUGGAAGUAGAUCGGUAUUGGAUGUAUUUAAACAUCUUGCAAAGCAGAACCAUUAUAACAUGAUAAACUCUAUUGUAUACAACCAAACACGUAUAUCCGAAGAAAAAAAGAACCUGAUUGUGAGUGUUCUUUUGAAGGUGGAUCCACCAUUCUUGUUCCAGCGACAUAUGUAUUAUGUUGAUUUCAGCAAGUUUAGCUCUUCGUCUGUUAAGUAUAUCAAUAUUAUCCGUGAUCCUAUAGAGAGGUUUACGUCACAGUAUUACUUCAAACGAUUUGGCGAUGGCAAAAAUGAUCAAAGCCAACGUCAGUUUAAAGGCUUUUUGCAGACUAUAAAUGAAUGUGUCUUGAAGAAUAGACCAGAAUGUGGUACUAAGAAACUUCAGUACAUAAUCCCAUUUUUCUGUGGUCAUAGCCCACAAUGCAGGUUGCCAGGUAGAACACCAUUAGAAAUGGCUAAGCUAAACGUAGAGCGUGAUUUUAUAGUGGUGGGAGUUCUGGAAGAGUUGGACGACACGUUUGCAGUCUUAGAAAAAAUGCUACCACGUUUUUUUACUGGAGCAGUGGAGUAUUUGAGAUCUCCAGAUACAUCUUCUGCAGGCAACACUUUUGCUCGUAAUCGGUCAGCAACUGUAACCAAGCACAAGGAGGUACCGUCGGAUGAAGUGAGAACAAUACUUUUGAAGCAAAUGUCGUUGGAGUAUGAAUUCUACUACUACAUCAAGGACCGCUUUCAAAAACUCAAGAUUCAACUUGGAAUUGGUGAUAGCAAACAAUGAUAAAUUGCAGUCGAACCGUUAUUUCCAUGGCAUUGAAUUACAAUCUGUGAUGCAUUUUUUCAACCUAAGGUCAUACAAUCGUGGUUGUAGCCAAGUUUUGUCCAGGUGAACCUAGUUUGAUAAUUAUACAAUUACAAGUUCGGUUUUUCAAACUAAGAUUGUCAUAAACACUGUCACACGACCGCGUUCUGUGACGUAGCUUUGUACAACAUAGGGUGGACUAAUAUCUUUGAGAUGGUUUAUCAAACCUGGAUUGUAGCUGUAGUCUGCUAUGUACCUGUUAUGACAUAGUCGCACUGCAACCUUUGACCUAGGUUUAUCAAACUAAAAUUUGUUAUGUGGGUUUUCAACUUAGCUUUGCUACUACCACUGGAACUACAAUCUUUGUUAUAAUAGAACAUUGACAAAAGACAAGUAUAACAAUUUUAAAAGCACAAAUUACUAGUAUUGUACUAAGUACCAAUCAUUGUACAUAUGCCUAUCUGAUGUUUUGCAAUGUACAGUAUUCUCUCUUAUUUAAGUCCUGGCUUAUUCCAAAUAGAAUACAGUGUGCCCUCCAAUUCGAGACCACUUUCGGGACCUGAAAAUUUGGGGUGGUCUUGGGGUUGGUCGUCAGUUAGAGGGCUAGCUCUGUACCAAAAGGUUAAGAUAGUUAUUUGGUCUUUGGAAAAGUGGUCUCAAAUUAGAGGGUGCACUGUAUACUUCUUCUUGUGUAGCCCUUAUUCGAGAGUGGAUCUUUUGGAACCUUUAUUAAGCCAAA